AUGAACAGCAGCAAGUCGGCCCAGGGAAACGAAUAUCUGAGUGAACCAAAACCUGACGCCUUUUGCCCCAACCUUUCGGAAUUCCCUGAACUCCGGCGUCUCUGUUCGAGAUUGACAUUUCGACCCGAUAGCUCGUUCUUGCUUAUUCGUGCAUCUUUCUCAAUACUUAACCAUCAUUUUCCCCCGUCCAGAGGAUUUGCCAUCAUCUCCGGAAAGCCGGGUGAGCACGACGGAGCACCCGAAUUCGCGCUCGUUGUUAGAAAUGCCCCCGAACAACCUGCCUACCAUGGACUUAUCAUCGAUCAUGUGAUGAUCAUGUUCUUGCCGGCCCAGUCGCCGAGAGAUUUUGCUGCUUUACAAGACGACAGACAUAUUCGAACCGAAUUGGAGAUGAAGAUAGAAAACCGCGUGUUCCCAGCUGAAGAAUGUCAUAUUCCACAUGGGUGGCCAUUUUCCAUGGUAAUCCACGGCGUUGGUUGGUUUGGGUUCUACCAAUACGACGGAAAUAAGCCCCCAGGGUCUCGAGUGUUCAAAUACGGAGAUCUUGCCCUGCAGCUCCCUGAAGACUGGUAUCAUUUGGUCGACGAUUGGAAUCUAGUGAACAGGGUCCUCCGGCACAUGGCUAUAGCGAGAUUUCCUUUGCACCAAGAGCCUCCUUAUCCGUCAAUCUUCCGCGUGCCUCAACUAUUUACGAUGGCCACGAUGCUCAUGUUGUCCGAUCAUCCUGCCAUGCGCGCAGAAGUGGAGUCCGAAUUCUUUCCUCAAGACCCUUCGGCUACUUCAAUUGCGAAAACGCCCACUCCACAGCAACCGGUUGUUAGCCAGGAGUUGACGCGCCCAGAGAGUCCCGGUACGAGUUUCAUCGACCCAAAGACUCUGCAUCCACCGAACUGGAGAGACCCUACCCGAAAAUGA